AUGUUUCGUCCUAUCCUCUUCUUUGCAGCUUUGGCAGCUGCGCUACCUGCUCCAGGUCGAACUGGGGAAAAUACGUCUCCGCCCUUCAGUCAGACAGCAGUCACACCUUGGAAUGCAGGUGCUGUCAAUGAAUUUCCUAUUCACUCGAGUUGUAACGCAACUCAGCGUCGGCAGAUAGCUCUGGGCUUGAAUGAGGCAGUUUCGCUAGCUGAGCAUGCGAAAUCUCACAUCUUACGAUGGCGUAAUGAAAGCCACAUCUACCGGAAGUAUUUUGGCAACAGCCCCUCUAUGAAAUCGAUUGGUGCCUUUGACAUCGUGGUCAAUGGCGACAAGAAAGAUGUUCUAUUUCGCUGUGACAACCCUGACGGAAACUGUGACCUUGAAGGUAUGAAAACCUGCUCUUUGAAAAGAAAACAGAAUUCACAUGCUGAUCGGGUUCAUCUGUCGACAGGAUAUGCAGGACACUGGCGAGGUGAAAAUGCAACUGAUGAGACUGUGAUUUGCGACCUGAGUUACGAGACCCGUCGAUCUCUUUCCACCAUGUGUGCUUUGGGGUACACCGUUUCUGGCUCCGAGACCAAUACAUUCUGGGCGUCUGAUCUUCUUCAUCGCCUGUAUCAUGUUCCGGCUAUAGGACAAGCCUGGAUCGAACAUUUUGCGGACGGAUACGAAGAGGUCAUCGACCUAGCGACGUCGAAUGCCAGUUUGUCAACACAUGACUCGGAGACACUUCAAUACUUUGCACUGGAGGCUUAUGCGUAUGACAUUGCUGUUCCAGGCGCAGGAUGUCCGGGCACCCAGCAAAAACAUCAGGACAGCGACUCCGAUGAGCCCGAUGCCGGUGCCAAUGCAGAUCAGGUAUCGAGCGCAUCGACUGCCACUGAGUCGCCUUCGACGACGUCUGAUGCGCCUGCUGUAAGCAAUGACCUUUUUCCAUCGAGUUCUAAGAAAUCGGAUGCUGACCAAUAA